CUUGGUGAUUGGUCUAAACUCUGAUAAGCAGUCUGCACUCAUACCUAAGCUUGAGAGCGACAGUUCGGUCGUGAAACAGCAUGGCAACCGCAGGGAGGGUGAUCCGCUGCAAAGCUGCAGUAGCAUGGGAGGCUGGGAAACCUCUUGUGAUGGAGGAGGUGGAGGUGGCGCCUCCUAAAAGCGGGGAAGUUCGCCUAAAGAUUGCGGCCACAGGGAUCUGUCACACUGACUCCUACACACUAAGUGGCUCCGACCCUGAGGGAGUUUUCCCGGUGGUGCUGGGCCACGAGGGAGCCGGCGUUGUGGAGAGCGUCGGCGAGGGAGUCACCAAGUUUCAACCAGGGGACACGGUUGUACCCUUGUACGUCCCACAGUGUGGAGAGUGCAAGUUCUGUAAGAAUCCCAAAACCAACUUGUGUCAAAAGAUCAGGAUCACUCAGGGCAAAGGCUUGAUGCCAGAUGGGACAUCCCGUUUCUCCUGCAAAGGCAAGAGCCUGUUUCACUUCAUGGGCUGUAGCACAUUCUCCGAGUACACGGUGGUGGCCGAGAUCUCCCUGGCCAAAGUGGACCACAGGGCCCCUCUGGACAAGGUGUGUCUACUGGGCUGUGGCAUCACCACGGGUUAUGGAGCUGCUCUAAACACUGCCAAGGUGGAGGCCGGCUCAGCCUGUGCAGUGUUUGGCCUGGGAGCACUGGGCCUUGCAGCAAUCAUGGGCUGUAAGGCAGCCGGGGCAGCCAGGAUUAUUGGAAUCGAUCUAAACCCUGACAAGUUUAAAACUGCUCGAGAGUUCGGUGCCACCGACGUGCUGAACCCGAAGGACCAUAGCAAGCCAAUCCAAGAGGUCUUGGUAGAGAUGACAGAUGGAGGUGUGGACUACUCCUUUGAAUGUGUGGGCAACGUGGCAAUCAUGAGGGCAGCGCUGGAGGCCUGCCAUAAAGGAUGGGGCACCAGCGUCAUCAUCGGGGUGGCCGCAGCAGGACAAGAGAUCUCCACCCGGCCGUUCCAGCUGGUGACCGGACGCACCUGGAAAGGCACUGCUUUCGGAGGAUACAAAAGUGUCGAUAGCGUUCCCAAACUGGUGGAGGAGUACAUGAACAAGAAGCUCAAAGUGGAUGAAUUUGUGACUCACACUCUGCCCUUUGAGAAGAUCACUGACGGUUUUGAUCUCAUGCAUGCUGGAAAAUGCAUUCGCGUCGUCCUGCAGUUCUAGAUGCAGAGGAGCACAGAAAACUAUGAUCUCACUCCGUAUUUACCCUGCUCACUUGAAUAAAUAAUCUUUCAAUUCA